CUGAUUUGCCCUUCUAAAAAAAAAAAAAACCGCCUCGAACCUUAAAACUCGGAGGAGAGACAAAAAAGAAAAGAAAAAGGGGACAUCACUGUCAUUCCGCCAAAUCCUUAGUGGCAAAAUAGCUCUUAUAUUUUCAGCCUGUAAGAGAAGAAUCCUUCCCUUGUUCGCUCUCUUUCGCUCUUCUCCGAUCGGAUUCUCCAACAAAUAAAAAUGCUAGACCAGGCAAUUCCGAUCAAAUCAGAUAAUUUUACACUUACUUUUCAUGAUUUUUAACGGUUCUGAUUGAAUUGAUUUUUAUUUUUUUCUGAUUUUUUUGGUUUGAGAAAAAAUGGAUGGAUCAGGAGGAAGAGGAGGAAGUGGAGUGGAUAAUGUAUUAACUAAUUACAAGCUUGGAAAAACGCUUGGAAUUGGUUCGUUUGGAAAGGUUAAAAUUGCUGAACAUGCUUUAACUGGUCGUAAAGUUGCUAUUAAGAUUCUUAAUCGCAGAAAGAUUAAGAAUAUGGAGACGGAAGAAAAAGGGGUCUUCCAAGCCAUUUUUCUCCUGGUGCUAGAGAUUUGAUCCCAUGGAUGCUUGUAGUUGAUCCAAUAAAGAGAAUGACCAUUCCUGAGAUCUGCCAGCACCAUUGGUUUCAAGCACAUCUUCCAAGAUAUUUAGCUGUCCCCCCACCAGACACAAUGCAACAAGUGAAAAAGAUUGACGAGGAGAUCCUUCAGGAAGUGGUCAGGAUGGGAUUUGAAAGGAACCAUCUGGUUGAAUCUCUUCGCAACAGAAUUCAAUUCGAGGGAACUGUUGCUUACUACUUACUAUUGGACAAUUGUUUCCGAGUCUCCAGUGGCUAUCUUGCUGCUGAGUUUCAGGAAACUAUGGAAUCUGGCUUCAACCGCAUCCAUCCAAAUGAACCUACAGCUCCAGCUUUUGGACACCGUCUUCUGGGAUGUGCUGAUUACCAAGCAAUGGGUUUAAGAGGCCUUGAGAGGAAAUGGGCUCUUGGACUUCAGGUUAAGUUUGUGAUUUCCAAGAGGUUUUCCCACACCGAGGACUUUCUUUGACAUUGAUAGUAGUUACAUUGGUGAUUAGACAUCAAUUCAUUGGGCAUUCUGAGGUCUAUACUUUUAUUUCAAAUAAUGACUAGCCAUAUUAAAAAUGAACUACAAACAGCAGGAUAAAUGUGGUUGAUACUUUUACUAAUUGAGAAGUUUGGACAAUUAAGAAUUUAUGGCUGGGUUUAGUAUGUAGCACAUGUAUUCUGGAGUACCAGUACUGGGACUAACCUCUUUUAUGCACCAAAGUUUGACAUUGCGCUGUUUUUAGUUUAUAGUCUUGAGCCCAUCCACGU